AUGGUUCGCCUCGGAGCUCUGCUCAUCGGCGGCCUUGCCGUCAUCGCCUCGGCCAAAUCUUCAGUUCUGGACCUGCUGCCUUCCAACUUUGACAGCCUGGUCAUUGACUCGGGCAAGCCAACACUGGUCGAAUUCUUUGCCCCGUGGUGCGGCCACUGCAAGAACCUGGCCCCCAUCUACGAAGACCUGGCCGAUACCUUUGCCUUUUCGGACAAGGUGCAAAUUGCCAAGGUCGAUGCGGAUGCCGAGCGGUCUCUGGGCCAGCGGUUUGGCGUUCAAGGCUUCCCCACGCUCAAAUUCUUUGACGGCAAGAGCAAGGAACCUGUCGACUACAACAGCGGCCGUGACCUGGACAGCCUGUCGGCAUUCAUCACCGAGAAGACGGGCGUCCUGCCCCGCAAGAAGUGGGAGGCGCCCAGCAGCAUCGAAUUCCUGACGGAUGAGAGCUUUGCGAAGGUCAUUGGUAGCGACAAGGAUGUGCUCGUGGCCUUCACAGCGCCGUGGUGCGGACACUGCAAGAGCCUGGCUCCCACUUGGGAGAAGUUGGCGACGGAUUUUGCCAACGAGGACGGCGUCGUGGUCGCCAAGGUGGAUGCCGAGGCUGAGUCGAGCAAGCAGACGGCCAAGGAUGAGGGCGUGACGUCGUACCCGACUAUCAAGUUCUUCGCCCGUGGCAGCAAGACGGGCGAGGCAUACUCGGGCGCGCGCUCGGAGGAGGAGCUUGUCAAGUUCAUCAACAGCAAGGCCGGCACGCACCGCACUGUGGGCGGCGGUCUAGACGCAGCGGCUGGCACUGUGCCAGAGCUCGACAAUAUCGUGGCAAAGCUGGCCAGCGGCCGGCAGUCGAUGCAGGAGGCGGCCGAGGCGGCCAAGAAGGCGGCCAACGUGCUGCAGGCUGAUGCCAAGAAGAAGUUUGCCGAGUACUACGUGCGGGUGUUCGACAAGCUGAGCAAGAACGAGGGGUUCGUGUCCAAGGAGUUGGCCCGGCUGCAGACCAUCCUGUCCAAGGGCGGCCUGGCACCGGUCAAGACGGAUGAGCUGACCAGCAAGACCAACAUCCUGUCCAAGUUUGCCGAGAACAUUGCCGACAAGGAGGAGGAGGUGGCCAAGGACGAGUUGUAA